AUGACAGACAGUGACCUGGCAAAGUACAUCCCCAAAGUUGGAGAUAGAGUCUCCAUUGUGGCCUUCUGCAGACAAGCAUCACUGUCACAUAAGUCAGCAUCCAGGAAAGAAAGCCUUCUCUCAAGGCUACGACAAAGACUGUCUGGAGCUGAAGGGAUGCCACCAAAAAAGAAAACAUCUAAGUGGGCAGGAAAUAUGAAUGCCCAACGGAAAAAGAGACGAAUUGAGGUUGGCUGGAUGGAUUUUGAUGAGGCGGAGGAGAGGUUCAAGCAGGUGAAGUCUGUAAGUGGUGGAGGAACGAGGCAUCUCUCUGUUGACAAAGACGAAACAGUGGCAAAUAUCAGACUUAUGGCUGAAAAUCUUUUUUUCCCCAAAGGCCUUUCAAAAAAAAAAAAAGUCUUUCACACUAUUCAACUCAUAUUGAGAGCUCACAGAUGCAUGUUGAUGUGUCCAGUACAGUUGACGAGUUAUAUAAUCAAAGCAAGGUCAGAAUUCUGAGACUUUAUCUGUGCACCAAACAGAAAACAGGACAGCAGCCCUCAGGAGUGGAGGUUGAUCAUGCAUUAAGCCAGCCCCCAGUGGUAGAUCUCACUAACAAUGAACAGAAUCAGGCUGGUGACGAUCUUUUGAUAGAAAACAGAAAUUCAGAAUCACCAAACCACUAUGGAUUUGAUGAUGGAGCUUCCACAAGUGGACAUUUGGAACUGAAUGACACAUUACCAUGGGAUGGUCUGCUAACUGUGGAUGAAAGCGAAGAUUGUGAAGUUGUUAUUAUAAAUGGGGAUGACAGGCUGGAUGUACGUGUGGAUGAACGAAACCUUGAAAUUCUCUUUCCAGAAAAAGAGAAUGAUGCACCUCAUCAAACUGUGGAUCUGUCACCGGUGCUUGCAGGGGAGGCCAAUGUUCCAGCCCAAACACUUCCUGAACCACAACCUUGUCCUGUAA